ACUGCUUGGCCCUAGGGACGCAGCUCUAGGGAGGGCGCGAUUUUGGGCCCUCUGUGGCCAGGCAAAGGAGAUGGCGGCGCGUUGGAGCAGCGAAAACGUGGUGGUGGAAUUCCGCGACUCACAAGCAACUGCAAUGUCUGUGGACUGUCUUGGGCAGCAUGCAGUGCUUUCUGGCCGCAGAUUCCUAUACAUCAUCAAUCUGGAUGCUCCUUUCGAAGGUCACCGGAAAAUCUCUCGUCAGAGCAAGUGGGACAUUGGAGCUGUACAGUGGAAUCCUCAUGAUAGCUUUGCACAUUACUUUGCAGCUUCAAGUAACCAACGUGUUGACCUUUAUAAGUGGAAAGAUGGCAGUGGAGAAGUCGGCACAACCUUACAGGGCCAUACUCGGGUAAUCAGCGACUUGGACUGGGCGGUGUUUGAGCCUGAUCUCCUAGUCACCAGCUCGGUGGACACCUACAUCUACAUUUGGGAUAUCAAGGAUACCAGGAAACCUACUGUUGCAUUAUCUGCUGUAGCUGGUGCUUCCCAGGUCAAAUGGAAUAAAAAAAAUGCCAAUUGCCUUGCCACCAGCCAUGACGGUGAUGUUCGGAUAUGGGAUAAGCGGAAACCCAGCACAGCAGUGGAAUAUUUAGCAGCCCAUCUCUCCAAAAUCCAUGGGCUGGACUGGCAUCCAGAUAGUGAGCACAUUCUUGCUACUUCCAGUCAAGACAACUCUGUCAAGUUCUGGGAUUACCGCCAGCCCCGGAAAUACCUCAAUAUUCUCCCUUGUCAGGUACCUGUCUGGAAGGCCAGAUACACGCCAUUUAGCAAUGGGUUAGUGACUGUAAUGGUUCCCCAGCUGCGGAGAGAAAACAGCCUGCUACUCUGGAAUGUCUUUGACUUGAACACCCCAGUCCACACCUUUGUGGGGCAUGAUGAUGUGGUGCUGGAGUUCCAGUGGAGAAGGCAGAAGGAAGGAUCUAAAGACUAUCAGCUAGUUACAUGGUCCCGAGAUCAGACUUUGAGAAUGUGGCGGGUGGAUUACCAGAUGCAGAGGCUCUGUGCCAAUGACAUACUGGAUGGUGUUGAUGAGUUCAUUGAGAGCAUUUCUCUUCUGCCGGAACCAGAGAAGACCCUGCACACUCAAGAUACAGAUCACCAGCAAAAUUCGAGCCAUGGGGAGGAAGAAGCAUUUAAGGAAGAUCCCCCUAGCAGUCUUCUGGAAGAGAGAAAAUCAGAUCAACUGGGCCUGCCUCAGACUCUUCAGCAGGAAUUCUCCCUUAUCAACGUACAAAUCCGAAAUGUCAACGUGGAGAUGGAUGCGGCAGACAGGAGUUGUACAGUAUCCGUGCACUGUAGCAACCAUCGCGUCAAGAUGCUGGUGAAGUUCCCAGCACAGUACCCCAACAAUGCUGCCCCUUCCUUCCAGUUUAUUAACCCCACAACUAUCACAUCUACUAUGAAAGCUAAGCUGCUAAAGAUCCUGAAGGACACUUCCCUGCAGAAAGUGAAACGCAACCAGAGCUGUUUGGAGCCCUGCCUGCGCCAGCUCGUCUCCUGCCUUGAGUCUUUUGUGAACCAAGAAGACAGCGCUUCUAGCAACCCAUUUGCUCUCCCAAAUUCCGUCACACCACCCUUGCCAACGUUUGCGAGGGUGACUACUGCCUAUGGGUCUUACCAGGAUGCCAACAUUCCCUUUCCUAGGACUUCAGGAGCCAGGUUCUGUGGAGCAGGUUACCUGGUGUAUUUCACAAGGCCCAUGACAAUGCAUCGAGCAGUGUCUCCAACAGAACCUACUCCUAGAUCUCUCUCAGCCUUGUCUGCUUAUCAUACUGGCUUGAUUGCUCCAAUGAAGAUCCGCACAGAGGCUCCUGGGAACCUUCGUUUGUAUAGUGGGAGCCCUACCCGCAGUGAGAAAGAGCAGGUCUCCAUCAGCUCUUUCUACUACAAGGAGCGGAUGUCUCCUCGCUCUGCCCGGCGACGUUGGUCCAUACAAGCAAUUAACGACUUCCCGAAAUCAAGGAGGUGGAAGAGUAAGCGUGAGGGCUCAGACUCUGGCAAUCGGCCCAUCAAAGCUGCCGGGAAGGUCAUCAUCCAGGAUGUUUCUUGCCUUCUUCCUGUUCACAAAUCACUGGGAGAAUUGUACAUAUUGAAUGUGAAUGAUAUUCAGGAAACAUGCCAGAAGAAUGCCACUUCAGCCAUGCUUGUUGGAAGGAAGGAUCUUGUCCAGGUUUGGUCACUGGCUACAGUAGCUACAGAUCUUUGCCUUGGUCCGAAGUCUGACCCAGAUUUGGAAACACCCUGGGCUCGACAUCCAUUUGGACGACAGCUGCUGGAAUCCCUGUUGGCUCAUUAUUGCCGACUCCGGGAUGUUCAGACCUUGGCUAUGCUCUGCAGUGUGUUUGAAGCCCAGUCUCGGCCUCAGGGGAUACCAAACCCCUUUGGGCCUUUUCCUAACCGUUCUUCUAAUCUUGUGGUCUCCCACAGUCGAUAUCCCAGCUUUACCUCCUCGGGGUCCUGCUCCAGUAUGUCAGACCCAGGGCUCAGCACCGGUGGCUGGAACAUAGCGGGGAGAGAGACAGAUCAUGUGUCUUCACCUUGGGGAGAGUCCUCCCCAGAAGAACUCCGCUUUGGGAGUCUCACCUACAGUGAUCCUCGUGAGCGGGAACGUGACCAGCAUGAUAAAAAUAAAAGGCUUCUGGAUCCCGCCAAUACCCAGCAGUUUGAUGACUUUAAGAAAUGCUAUGGAGAAAUCCUCUAUCGUUGGGGUCUGAGAGAGAAGCGAGCAGAAGUGCUGAAGUUUGUGUCCUGUCCCCCUGAUCCUCACAAAGGGAUCGAGUUUGGUGUGUAUUGCAGCCACUGCCGGAGUGAGGUCCGUGGAACACAGUGUGCCAUCUGCAAGGGCUUCACAUUCCAGUGUGCCAUCUGCCAUGUGGCCGUGCGCGGGUCAUCCAACUUCUGUCUGACCUGCGGCCAUGGUGGCCACACCAGCCACAUGAUGGAGUGGUUUCGGACUCAGGAGGUGUGUCCCACUGGAUGUGGCUGCCACUGCUUGCUGGAAAGCACCUUCUGAGCUUAGGGAUGGUGGCAGUGUCAGAAAUCUCAGGGGGCCUUACAAACGCUUUCUCCUGGGAGAAGCCUCAGGACCCAGGUUGCCCCCAGCAAGAUGGGUUGUAUUUACCCAAUCAGACGGAUGCUUCAUGAGCCUUUGUCUUCUCUUUGGGAGAAGAUAGACCGGAAGAAGGAGAGAGCCGCUGCAUAAAGCCAGGUUUUAUGCAUUUGUCAGCUGAGGAAUCACAGUGGAAGUUUUCAGGCGGAAAAGCCCUUGCCUUCAGAGCCAAUGCUGACCUUCAAAGCAUUAGCUUUAAACCAUGAGCGAGCACUCCACAUGCUAAUAUAUAGACCAACUUAGCUGCUAAAGGCAGUCUCCUAAGCCAAAGGUCCACAAGUGGGCCUUUGACGCUUUAGAAGUUGAUAACCUUAAAGAGUUGAAGCCAGAAAGUGGCGCUGUGGCUUAAGUGGUAGAGCACUAGCCUUGUACACAAAGAGGCUCAGGGAUAGUGCCCAGGCCCUGAGUUCAAGCCCCACAACCGACAAAAAAAAAAAAAAGAGAUGCUGGUCAGUGGCCUUCUAAGAUGUGAUACUGAAAGUAUAAAUAUGUAAUAUACUUACAGGUUCUUAAUUGUAUAUUUUAACAUUUCCAGUCUCUUUCCUUUGGCUAAUAAAACUAGUAAUCGUUAAAGCAAAACAAAAAAACAGAAAAUUGACCAUCUCAGUGAAUCAUUUUCCAUCCUACAUCUGAUUUAAGUAACUGAUUUAGAUGAGACCAAAAUCAGUGCUCCCAUUUCUAAAGGAAAUGCUCAUUGAUCUCAAUCAUACGACAAGAGAAAAUAGAAUUUGACAUUUAAGGUUCUUCCCAGCCCAGAGAAUCUCCUAAUUAUUACUUCUAGCAAAGGAAGUUGAGAUUGCAACUCAACAUUGGUACAAAAGUCCCCUCUGCCUGUGCAUCAGCUGUGUGGGUUCCAGUGAGCGCCUCAUUCCUUCUUGGGCUCCCUUGUAAACCAUGUCUUGAGUUUCGCUAUUUACCAGUGGCCACAGCUCAUGCAUGCACCAUUUCUUUAGAGUGAAUUUUCCACAGUU